AUGCCAGUCUUGCGAAGUUUCUACAAUGCUAAUAUUCCAGAAGACGUCGUCAAGGAGGCAGUAAAACGUCGCACAAAACAGUCCAAUGAUGCCUUUAAAGAAUUUCUUACUGGACUGGAAAAAACUCAAACGAACGCCGUCGUGAAAUGCCUCCCUAGCAUUGUGGGCCUUCCUAGACGUGUUUUUCUAGGAAGGUUGGCAAGCAUCGGGGAGUACAUAACAACAAAGAAGGUUUCUACAGUGAACCUAGUUGAAGGUAACAUGAGUCUGAUCACGGAUUACAUUGACGAGGGCAGAGUGGGAGCCGGCAAGCGGGUGGGCACGAUCAAGAAGGUUGAGGCUCUCAGACAACUCUGCGAAGUAGCCAACACUCCGACUCGUCUUAAAGACUUGGAAGAAUGGGCGAAGUCUCAUACUUCACGGCUUUAUAAUGCCCUGAUCUAUUGUCUAAACGUGGAAAAUGUGGUAGUUGUUGAGGAGGCGUGUAUUACAAUAGCCUUCCUCGCUCGUAAACUCCAUUUCACCUUGUUGAGUGGAGCCGAAAAUAUGGUAACGGCAUUGGUAUCCGCGAUGGCAUUUGCCAUGAGUCCGACCGAGUCGCACGCGGAGAAACUGCGUAAGGCGCUGGACUUCCACGCGGAGAUGGAGAUGGCAAAGGGCCGGACACUGGAGUUCCACUUUCCCCGACUAGAUUAUGGCCUCGAGGAGCCCAAGUUUCGCCUAAUUGGCUACGUAUAUUUUACUCUGGCAGACUUUCUCUACAACAUCCCACACCCAUUCCUGAUUCACUAUUUUCAGUGCCGCAUCCUGCGUCGAAAGGAAAUGACCAGGACUCACUUAUUCAAGAUCUUUUUCGCAAUUUGUGACAAUCUUGUAGAACUAGAGGAAAAUGCCAAGGAACUCUGCCCACGUGUAAAGAAGCCGCCCCCAAAGCCCGUCACCAAACCAACUCCUCUUCUCGGUCUGGACUCAAAAAAAGUCCCACCUAUGAAGAAGACCACUGGGGGAGGAAAGCAAAAGGAAGACGAGAAAGACUCCGAUCCGUUUAUGUACAAACCUGAAAUCUAUCGCAAGGAGCAAUGGGAUGCCUUACCUCCGAAACUUUAUACCGAAAUGUUUCGUGCCUACAACGACCGUAAUCCAGAGAAUCGUAAUAUCAUUUCAAGUACAAUGACCGUCCUAAGAUCGGUUUCACAUGUGAAGCUACCAGCCUUUGACGCCUCACUCAUCCAGAAGCUGGAAUUCCUUAAUGCAGAGUCACUUGAAAGAGGCAAUAAACAUAUCCGCAUUGCGACACCAGCGAAACCCGCGGAGAACGAGCUGGGAAAUCUCGAAGAAAGUGGAGCGGUUCAGAAGGAGGAGGGCAACGCUGAUCGACCUGCAGUUACUGUGCCUACCUUGCUGGAUGAGGCAGCUAAUGAGGAAGUUCGUGAUGAAUCAAAGGCCCUAAGCGACGACAGCCAAAGUUUGUCGAGCAGUCUUGAAAGCAAUUUGGAGGUCAGGCGGAACAUAAACAGACCCACAGUUCUUUUGUCCCGCCCUCCCGAUCUGAGUAAACUUAAUCUUUGA